CUAAUAACAACGAGGCGGGUUUAAAGGCGUCGACAACACGCGGUGGUCCCUCACUUCCGGGAUGAAGAUGGCGGAUGAGAAUGAGACAGCACCGAUGCCGGAGAGAGAAGAUGUAGAGGACCACGGACACUGCAGCGACUGUGAAAAUGAAGAGCACCACUUUGACGAUGGUGACAGGGGUCUGGCUGACGACACCGGCGCCAAGAAGAAGAAAAAGAAGCAGAAAAAGAAGAAGAAAUCUGGUGCUACAGAAGCAGCUCAGGACACCCUUGCCAAGGUGAAUUCAUUGCCAGCUGAUAAGCUACAGGAGAUCCAAAAGGCCAUUGAACUUUUCUCUGUAGGCCAAGGCCCUGCCAAAACCAUGGAGGAGGCAAGUCGGAGGAGUUACCAGUUCUGGGACACACAGCCUGUGCCCAAGCUAGGGGAGACGGUGACAUCACACGGCUCCAUUGAACCUGACAAAGACAACAUUCGAGAAGAGCCCUACAGCCUCCCGCAGGGCUUCAGCUGGGACACCCUCGACUUAGGGAACCCUGCUGUGCUCAAGGAGCUUUACACCCUUCUCAAUGAGAACUAUGUGGAAGAUGAUGACAACAUGUUCAGAUUUGACUACUCCCCCGAGUUCCUGCUCUGGGCCCUGCGGCCCCCCGGCUGGUUGCCCCAGUGGCAUUGUGGAGUGAGGGUUAACUCCAACCAGAAGCUGGUGGGCUUUAUCAGUGCCAUUCCUGCCACUAUCCACAUCUAUGACAUAGAAAAGAAAAUGGUUGAGAUCAAUUUCCUCUGCGUCCAUAAGAAGCUUCGCUCCAAACGAGUGGCUCCAGUUCUGAUCAGAGAGAUCACCAGACGGGUCAACCUGCAGGGCAUCUUUCAGGCGGUGUACACCGCUGGAGUGGUACUGCCCAAACCUGUGGGCACAUGCAGGUACUGGCAUCGUUCUUUGAACCCACGCAAACUAAUCGAGGUGAAGUUCUCCCACCUGAGCAGGAACAUGACUAUGCAGCGUACCAUGAAGUUGUACCGUCUGCCCGAGGCCCCGAAGACUCAGGGGCUGCGGCCAAUGACCAAGAAGGAUGUGCCGGUGGUGCAUCGCCUCCUCCGUGAGUACCUGAGCCAGUUCAACCUGGUGCCUGUCAUGAACCAGGAAGAGGUGUCGCACUGGCUGCUGCCCCGGGAGAACAUUAUCGACACUUACCUGGUGGAGAAUGAUGGCAAAGUGACGGAUUUCCUGAGUUUCUACACACUGCCCUCUACCAUCAUGAACCACCCCGUGCACCGCAGUCUAAAAGCAGCGUACUCCUUCUACAAUGUGCACACCACCACCCCCCUGCUCGACCUGAUGUCCGAUGCCCUCAUCCUGGCCAAAUCAAAAGGGUUUGACGUCUUCAAUGCACUGGAUCUAAUGGAAAACAAGACUUUCUUGGAGAAGCUUAAGUUUGGCAUCGGUGAUGGGAAUCUACAGUAUUAUCUGUACAAUUGGAAGUGUCCCAGCAUGGGGUCAGAAAAGGUGGGGUUGGUGCUGCAGUGACAUCCCUUUUACGCCAUAAACUAGUAUCACCAACAGGCCAGGAGACCGCACCAUCGCGCUGACCACCUGAUAGAUGGACUGAUGACUUCCUGCUUCAGGAAAGGAAAAUCCACCGCCCAUUUUUACUUUUUGACCUUUUGAACUUUGACCUGCACUACCGCUGCCAGGCGGGGAGAGUCUUCAGCUCUUCCUCCUCCCUCGAUCACAUGGACCUUAAGCCAUUGUAGUUACCAUCGCAAACAACUGUACUACAUCUGAAAGCUGUCUUGAUUGUACCAAACACACAUACACACAAGAACAGUUUGCACAGGUUACUUUAUACCAAACACCCACUGCUGUUAUACCUACAAACCGUACAAUACUUGUAAAUAAUAUCAAACAUAACUCCGGAAUAUGCCCUAACACACACAGACAAGAACCGACGGUUUUAUUUUAUUCCUAAAUGUUGGAAGUUCUUUUUUUUGCAAUUAAAAUAAAUGUCAUCCUUAAGUUUUAGAGAUAAAAAAAAAAAAAGAUUUAAAAAAUAUUUUAAAGAGGAAAAAGGCUACAAAAAAAAAAGAUGAGGUAAUAAAUACCAGAAGUGGACACCAGAUAAGGGCUUUUGUUAAGAUUUCUCUUGUAAUGCUUGAUCCUGUGUCUUUUUUUUUUUUUUUUUAAUUUUUCUCAUCAAACCCUCUGCUCUAUCAGUCAUUAUGGAGAUGUUUCAGCGCUGCUUCAAGAAGAUGUAUAUGCCAGAGUUGGCAUUCGUCUUCUGGAGGUCUUCUCAUCUGUAUUAACUUUCAUGAACCUCCUCCCCAGCUUAGUGCACUAACAGAAGAAGCAGAAAAAGAAACUCAGACUGAGGAUAAUGGACCAGCUCAGUUGGAGAAAAAAAAAAAAAAACAGAAUCAUUUUGAACGA